UGCGUCGGGCAUUGGCCCGCAGACGUCAUCUCGUGCCCGCGCGGAUCAUUUUGUGCUUCUUCACAUCUUCUAAACCUGCAUCAUGCUUCGAGUACAACCUUGCCUACCAAUCCGGCGGCGCUGGUAGCUGCACAUCAUGUCCAAGGCCAAGUCACAGGCCUACCAACAAGCACAACAGUCUCAAUACUACGCCUAUCCACCUCCUUCGUCCGGCUCCUUCUUCUGGGGCUUUCUCCUCGGACAACUCACUCUCGCCCUCAUCCUCUUCAUCUUCAUCAAGUUCUUCAUUUUCGGCGACGCGCCCUCCGCAGACGAAAGAGCUAGUGCACGCGCCGCAGCCCGCCGCAAUCGAACGCUCUCCUUCUCCCGGGCACGCGCCCUGUCCACCUCGACAGCCCUACGACCACGUCCUUCGGCUCCUGCAAUCCUCAAACCUCGGCCCGAUGGAGGACUGACUGUGCAGAAGAUUCUGGAGAAGACGUACUACAAUGUUCGAGGCCAUCAACCCGAGAGUCUGGACUGGUUCAAUGUGCUGAUUGCACAGACUAUCGCACAGCUCCGAGCUGAUGCGCAGGAAGAUGAGGCAGUGCUGGGUAGUCUGACACAAUUGCUCAAUGGGACGAGUAAGCCAGAUUUCAUCGAUGAUAUUCGGGUUACGGAGAUCAGCUUGGGAGACGAGUUUCCCAUUUUCAGCAAUUGUCGGGUCAUACCUGUGGAUGAGAACGGCAGUCCCUUGAAAGAGCUUACUGGACAACGGGGAGAGAGAUUACAGGCGAGGAUGGAUGUGGACUUGAGCGAUGUGGUCACGUUGGGCAUUGAGACCAAGUUGGUGCUCAACUACCCCAAGCCGUUCGUGAUGGUAUUACCUGUGGCGUUAUCUGUGAGCGUGGUCAGGUUUAGCGGGACCUUGAGUCUCAGCUUCAGUCCCAGCAAUCAGCCUGGACCAUUUGAGCAAACAACGAAAGAAGGUGGUGUUGGCUUGGAAACGCCAGGCGGACGAGCGGAGUCGAAUGAAGGACAUCCUUUGAACCCGACAGGUCGAAGCCCGACGACUUUGACUUUCACUUUCCUGGACGACUACAGACUGGACCUGAGCGUACAUUCGCUGAUUGGCAGCAGAAGUCGGUUGCAGGAUGUGCCAAAGAUUGCGCAGUUAGUGGAGGCCAGGAUACAUCAGUGGUUUGAUGACAGAUGUGUCGAGCCUCGUUUUCAGCAGAUUGUGCUGCCUAGUCUGUGGCCAAGGAAGAAGAAUACCAGAGGUGGCGAGGAAGAAUCCGCCGUCGAUGACACGGCCACUGCGCAGAAUGAUGGGAGCAGUGAUCUGAGACCGCCCAAGACAAGGACGUCUGAUGGUGCAACAAAAACUUCUCCUGAGACACCGGUCGCAAAACCACCCAGCGGGCCUCAGACGACUGCCGAGCAGAGGACACGAGACUGGGCAGCACAGCAGGUGAAAGAUGUCGCGGACAAUAGCAGACCGAGCACGUCAAGUGGCAAACGCAAAGACAACAGAAAAGAGGAGUUGAGUGAGAUCGAGUUGGCUGGACUGGAGAUGCGAGAGGCUGAUGAACGGGACCGCAGGAAACAGCAGAGGCUGAAGGCUGAGAACGAGCGAAGUCAUGAGAAUCUGCGAAUGAGGACUAUUCGAGAGGUCUCGCACGAUGGCGUGAAAGCGAAAUCAUGAGUUUGCGGCGUAAGGCUGGUCUUGGUGUCGCUUAGCAAGGCGUUGGUGGGAAAGCAUUCAGCAUCAUGAGGAUCUGCCGCGCUCGGAAGCAUACGGCGUAGACAGCGAAAGCGCCGACUAAAAAUCCUUUCGCGAGGCUCUCAAUUCUGGCUGCAAGACAUGGUCUAUUCGCGAAGUUAGCGUGAGCGUCAGUGAAGACAACCUGGACGAAAAGCUCUAUUCGAGAGUGUUUCGGAUGCUCUGUUCUAUAUAAUGAACUGGAUCCCACGAAGAAAGUGUCUCAACACUCGCACACCGUGCCUGAAACCAACCGAAAUGAAACGACCGUGGGUAAAAUACUUGAAGCCUCUAUCGGCUGUUCUUCUCAAGCUGCCCUCCUUCAUACACCAAACACAACACCAAAUCAUCAUAUCUGACACCGUCACGAGACCUGUAGUGAACUGGACCACCAUCUCCAGGGAAAGUGAAGUGUCAACACCUGAGAGUGAAUGUUCAUCUCUCAGAGCUCUUUCCGCGAUACUUCAGUGCUUUGCUCUCCUCCUUACUGGUGAUCACUCGAAGCAAACAGAAGGCAUCGAGAGCACCAUGGAGUAUACGACACUGCCCAACUGGGCAACAUCAUGCAUCAUCGGCGACUGGUUCAACACGAUCGACUCACCUUGGCUCAACGGCAGCAUUUACUUCGAGGACGUACAUUUCGGCGACUUUGUCCUCGUCGCGAUCCUGGCUACUUUUCUAUGGACGUUCCACUGUUCGAUGCAAGCGUUCGCAACCAAUGUUGCACCUGGACGACCAGGGACUCCAUUUCGGGUGUGCUUCUGGGAGCAUCUCCAAUCGGGAAAAUUCUGGCUACCAGCCUC